AUGAAGCGUACAAAAUUAUCGCUAUUACUACAUCUAAUAGCACAAUCGCUAAUCACACAUACUCUAUCUACACUAGUAGAUGCAGCGACAGUAACUCCUAAUGGUAGUGCUAAUGUGGGUGGUGCUGAACUAACACGGCAUGCUGGCAUGCUAGAUCUGUUUGAUUGGCUGGAUCCAACUUAUCACAGCUUCACCGAGUAUUUUGCCAAGAAACGCAAACUAACUAGCAUGCCUUACACAUUCGUAGACGCACCAACACUAACUGCAACACCGUUACUCAAUGAUCAACAAUUGUUGCCGGGGAUGAAUCCCAAUCAGGGCCAAGUAACCAAGGCUUGUGUAAACCCUUCCAUGAUACAAAUGGCAAACCAUCCCAAUUGUGCGGCAAUUAUUAAACACUUUCAAGACUCUUUGAUGAAACUGAAGAACGAAUACAAGGGGAAAUCGGAUCUCGCAGGUAGUGAAUUUCAGGAAUCAAAGCACACACCCAUUGGCGUAUCAAGCCACUUUGAAGUUAAUAAUGAGUUUGACAACAAGUUGCAUGAUAAUAACUCUAUUUCGGCUCCAACGGAGAUUGCUGCAGAGAAUUCAGACGCGGAGUUUCAUGGAGCUUCUGAAAUAUUAAACGUACCUCUUGCAGUAUCUCAUUCAUUCUACAAAGUAUCCAUCACACUAACAGGCUUGGAAGCUAUAAGAAAGGGAAUGUUUGACAUCAACAAAAAGGGUGAAAAUACCAUAUCGGAGCAGAGACUUGACAGUGUUAACAAGAGGAAAAUUAGCUUAGAAUAUGCGUUAAGCAGUUCUAGAAACCCAGGGGAUCCUGAAGUAAACAUUAGAGCCAAGAAGUUGGAGAGGGAAGCAGAAUUAGCUACUUACAAGGCACUGGCAGGAGUUGACUCUUUUAACAAAUGCAAAACUGCCUUUUCGGCACUGCUACCGCUGCUACAGCAACAAAUAUCAAACAUAGAGUACCAGUACAAUUCAUGCAUUGGUUCAUUUGGUCAAAUGCAAAACUUCUCCCAAGACAAUGCUUCAAAACCUCUCACCCAAUUCUCCUUCGAUGCAUCAAUGUCACAAGGAUUGAAUGCCAUGGAUUCGGACUUGAAUAUGAUUCAAAAUGCAAUUUCCGAUAUUACACAUGAUAGUAUUAAAAGUAAUCAUCAUGCGCACACAGGGAAGAAGAAAUGCUGCAAGAAAAGACACAAAGGGGGGAGGAUGUGCAAUCGAGGUAACAGAAGGGUUAGGGGUAUCAACGGUAUAAAUUACUCCAAUUUAUCAUUUUUACCAUUAGUCGCAUCAUUUUUGUUUAUUUAA